AUGGGCCAGCGCCUUCGCCUCCUGGCCGCACUCCUGCUGGCCGCCGCCGCCACCGUCUGCCGGGGGGUGCCGCUGGCCGGGGAGCUGCGCUGCCGCUGCCUGCGAACCGUGUCCGAGGUCGUCUCGCCGAGGAGGCUGGCACGCAUCGAGUUGCUCGCCGAGGGGCCGCACUGCUCCGUGCCCGAGGUCAUAGCCACAACGAAGCAGGGACAGACACUCUGCCUGAACCCCUCCGCACCCUGGGUCAAGCUCAUCCUCACCAGGAUCCUCAGCAAGAACCAACAGGCGCCAACCCUAACUCCAGCCCUUCUAGAGGCCAAGCCUAAACGUGCCCUCUUCCCGUUUAGUGAUGACCAUGACCUUCCGAACCAGCUUCGGCUUCCCAAGCAGCGCGUCGGCAGCAGCAGCGAUGAGCGAGGCUAA